AUGAGUGUAGAACUUCGUGUAGGCAACCGGUUCCGUAUCGGCCAGAAGAUUGGCUCCGGCUCGUUUGGUGAAAUCUUCCGUGGCACGAACAUACAAACAGGCGAUCCCGUGGCCAUCAAGCUGGAGCCCGUGAAGACGCGUCACCCGCAGCUGGCUUUCGAGGCCCGUUUUUACCGCAUCCUCAAUGCCGGUGGCGGUGUUGUGGGUAUCCCUAACGUUCUGUACCACGGCGUUGAGGGUGAGUUCAAUGUGAUGGUGAUUGACCUUCUGGGGCCCUCAUUGGAGGACCUCUUCAGUUUCUGUGGUCGGAGGUUUACGCUCAAGACAACGCUGAUGCUGGCGGUGCAGAUGAUUUCGCGCAUUGAGUUUGUCCACAAUAAGGGCGUCAUCCAUCGCGAUAUCAAGCCUGACAACUUUCUGAUGGGUACUGGUAAGAGGUCGCACCAUGUCUAUAUCAUUGACUUCGGUCUCGCCAAGCAGUACCGUGAGGCCCCUGCACACCAACACAUCAUAUACAAGGUGAGCAAGUACCUGACGGGGGCGGAGGACUUCUGCUCCAUCAAUACGCACAUGGGUGGCGAGCAGAGCCGCCGUGACGACCUCGAGGGGAUCGGGUACAUCUUGUUGUACUUCCUGCGGGGCUCACUGCCGUGGCAGGGCCUUCAGGUGAGUGGGUCGCAAGAAAAGUCCGCACUCAUCUCUCUGAAGAAGCAGUCCACAUCCGUAAUGGCACUCUGUAAGGGAUUCCCAAUGGAGUUUGCCACGUACCUCAACUACACCCGUGCUCUCCAGUUUGAGGACACCCCAGACUACGGCUAUUUGAAAAGGGUUUUGGGUACUUUGUUUGGCCAUAACAAGAUUGAGCUCAAUUAUGUGUUUGAUUGGACGGUGUGUCACCGUAAAUCGUUAACUGCAGCAUCGUCCAAGAAUAAGAAAGAUGACGGCUCUAAUAAAACGUAG